UAUAAAUAAAGUGCGCUUGUGUGUAUCCAUGUGAACGUGUGUGUGUAAACGUCAAAAUUCUCGGAAUCAGCCGCUGCCGAAUGAAUUUUGUUGAACAUCGCUCAAUACAUUUAAAACAGCACUUUAAAUCUUUUGUCCUGGACACGGCUCGAUUUUCCCAGGCUGAGCGGCGUCGCGCCUUUACCUUUUCACGAAAAAAAAGUUUCACAAUAAGAAAACAAGAACAGACUUUCAACUAUUGAUAAAGUUAAAAAUCUAAUAUGGCGCUCUGGGCUAGGGCACAGCAACUGCCACAAGAGAGUUUGCAGAAGGUGCGUGCGAUCUAUGGAGAACACUUUCCUAUAGAAGUACGACAUUGUCUUGCCACAUGGAUAGAAAAUAGAAUAUGGACCCAGGAACCGGAGGAGCAGCAACGGUUCUUCGUGGAGGAGCUGGUGCAGGAAAUACAGACGCACGCGGAGUUGAUGCUGUCGCCGGAGCUGUUCGUCACCAAGAUGAAGCUGAUCGAGGCCUCGAAGCUGUUUCGCAUGCAGUACAGCCACGCACCGCACGAGUUAUACACUUACAUGCGGCGUUGCCUGGCUCUCGAGAUGGACGUGAUACAGAAUGCAAUGGGCACUCCGUACAUCGCCCAACCACAGACUGAGAGGAAGUAUAGCGAGCUGAUAACAGGCUUGCAAACUGUACGCCAGAAGGUUAAUAUGGCGAGCGAGGAAAUAAGAAGUCUUCAGGCCAACAUCGAGUCUUUCUCACUGCAGUACCACGAGUGUUUGAAGAAUAAAGGGCAUAUAAACUACUUACAGCAGUCCGGGCCGAUGACGAACGAGCGUCGGGAGUUGGAAGCUUGUCUACGUGUUCAGAUUGAGGAGAUGGAGCGGAAACUCAAUGCUCUGGUGGCUCAAAUCAACCAAUCCCAAAUGGAGCUAGUUGAUCAUAUGAAGGAGAAUAUCACAACUCUGCGUCAGCUGCAAAGCCAGGUGCUAGAUGAGGAGCUAAUAAAAUGGAAGCGCGAACAGCAACUGUCUGGAAACGGGGUGCCGAUGCAAUCCAACUUGAACACGAUCCAGGAGUGGUGCGAACUGCUGGCCGACCUUAUCUGGAGCACCAGGCAGCAGGUCAACAACGUGGCGCGCAUCAACAGCAAGACCAUCGUGGAACUGCGCCAGCCCCACCUCGUGGAAAUGCUGGACGACAUGAGCAAACAGGUGACAAGUCUUCUCUCCACACUGGUGACUUCAACAUUCGUUAUCGAGAAGCAACCGCCCCAGGUCAUGAAGACUAACACACGUUUCACGGCUACGGUCCGCUUGCUGGUGGGUGGUCAACUCAACGUUCAUAUGACUCCACCUAGAGUUACGGUGGUAAUAAUAUCGGAGCAACAAGCCCAGUUGCUGCUGAAGAGUGACACUCAAAGUGGGCGCGGCAAGCAGCCGGUGGAGUGUGGUGACAUCCUCAACAACAGCGGCUGUAUGGAGUACCAGCCCACCAACCGACAACUCAGCGUCAGUUUCAGAAACAUGCAACUGCGUAAAAUCAAGCGCGCCGAAAAGAAAGGAACGGAGAGUGUGAUGGAUGAGAAACUCACUCUCUUGUUCCAGUCGGAGUUUAAUGUCGGCGGCGGCGAGCUGGUGUUCCAGGUGUGGACCCUGUCUCUACCCGUGGUGGUGAUAGUUCACGGCAACCAGGAGCCCCACGGCUGGGCGACAGUAACCUGGGAUAACGCUUUCAGCCCCCCGGGAAGAGUCCCAUUCGCCGUCCCAGAUAAGGUGACCUGGGGCCAGUUGGCUGAGACAUUGAGGAUCAAGUUCUGUUCAGCCACCGGCGGUGAUCUCUCCGAGGACAAUCUUCGCUUUUUGGGCGAGAAAAUAUUUAGUCUUUGUUCAAGAACAAACCUCCCCAUCAACCCGAUGGAGCUAAACGGUAUGACGGUCAGCUGGACGCAGUUUUGCAAGGACGCCCUUCCGGAGCGCAACUUCACUUUCUGGGAAUGGUUCUACAUGGUUGUCAAGGUCACCAGGGACUAUCUGAGGACGCUAUGGUGCGACCGCCUCAUAAUGGGCUUCAUCCAGAAGAAGCAAGCCGAAGAAAUGCUCGGCAAAUGUCCUCCAGGAACUUUCCUACUGCGCUUUUCUGACUCCGAACUUGGCGGUAUCACCAUCGCUUGGACUGGUGAGGGCAACGAAGUGUUCAGCCUCCAGCCAUUCACCUCCAGAGACCUGAUGCUCCGCUCGUUGGCAGACAGGAUCCUGGAUCUAACACAGCUACAGUUUCUUUACCCCAACAUAGCGAAGGACGAGGUCUUCUCUAAAUAUUACACAAAGCCAGAGAACGAAAUGCUAAAGAACGGUUACGUGAAGCCGGUGCUGGUUACGACUCUACCGCCGUACAUGUCGGGAUCGCCUGCGUAUGCGCAUUCACCGGACUCGCACAGAAACACGCCCAGCGUGCAUAGCAGUUACUUCAGCGCAUCAACACCGGCCCAAACUGAAAGCAGUUUCAUGGACAGUGAACUCUUCGAGCAGAUCCGCGCCUUCGAACCAGAUGGCUUUGACGACUUCGAUUACUUCGGAGGCAACGUUGCUAUGAAGAGAAAAUAUGACGAGAAUUACCAGUAGAUUUAGUUUUUUUUUUUGUGCUUUGAGUCAAUUAUAUUUUACAUUGUAAGUGUAUUGCACGCAUUAUAAUUAUGUUAAACAAUAAAUAUAUAUUAUGUUACGUCGUAUAAAUUAGUGCCAUAUACAACAACAAAUUAUGACAUAAAAUGAAAAAAAAAAAAAUUACGUUUUAAAAAACCAGUGUUAAUUUUACUUUUUUUGGAUUAUCGCGAAUCAGCGUUGCAUUGUGACAUUUUUCCUACAGCGGCCUUGAAUUAUAGUAUCUAUUUGGCAUAACUGCAUCAAAACUUUUGACUUCUCAUCAAGAAAGACAAAAUAAACAUUUGUAAAGUUGUAAUUUAAAUGUAACCCUAAAUCCAAGAAUGGUUUUCGCAGACCCGAAAUAUCCAGAGUAAACGGACAUGACCAACAGAUAGCAAAAAAAAAAUCAUCGCACUUACGACCUAUUCAUUACAUUAAAUGUACAAAACAAUUUUUUUAAAUAACUUUUACCCCUACUCAACUAUCCCAAAUAAGCCAGAAUAUCACAUAAUUUGCCGUUAUAAGAUAAAGGAAAAGCCGUAUGUAUAUUAUAGCUUAUGCAUAGAUGUGUAAAUGUUCUUAAAGAGACAGUGUUGAAGUUAACAACUGUCAGCUGUACGGUGAUAUACCUUUGCCUUUUUCCUACGUGAAAGAAUAAAGAGAGAAAAAAAAGGAAAAUGAACAACUGUUAUUAAAGGAUUUUGAAAAACUUCCUAACGUAAUGGAAACCAUUCACCUAAAGGUACAAAUAAAAAUGAAGGGAAACUACAAACACGAAAGUCAUAUUUUUUUAUAUAAGAUUAUUUUUAAAAGGCGCUAAAUUAUUUUAAUUUAUUUCUGACUUGUGAA